GCAGAGGCGAGUCUGGGAGGAGGGCAGGAAAUCAGGGAAAGGGGCAGAGAGAGGAGUGUGACACUGGGAGGUGCAGCCACUGCCUUUGCUCUCCGGAUCCGGGACUCAUGGGGCGGCUGCUGCUGCAGCACAGAGUGGGAGCCCGGGCACAUCUUCCCUCCGCCGCUGCCGCCGCCGUCUAACUUGCAACUUUCUGCUUCUUUGUAUUGUUUGCGUGCGGCUAGCCCUUCCCGCUGCGCCGUGUGUGCCCGAAUGCAGCAGCGCCUGUAGGCAAGUCCCGCCUGCCCUGAGAGCGCAUGUAGCGCAGUUUGGCAGCGCUAAUCUCUGCACAAGUGUCCGGGCUUUGUGAGGAGUUGUGUGCGGAGCCCCCCGUCCCCCCGUGUAGUAACUGCUGCUGCUGGGCGCUCCCCCCACAAUGCCGGAUCUGAUCAGUGUGUCGGAAUUUGUGUGUGAGACCAAUGAGGAUUACAAGUCCCCCACUGCCUCCAAUUUCACCAACAGGCUGAGCCAGUGCAGGAACACGGUCGUGGCUAUAGAUGAGGCUCUGGAGGUUGAUCACACGAUUCUGAACAAAAUGAAGAAAUCAGUCAAAGCCAUUCACACUUCUGGUCUGACCCACGUGGAAAAUGAGGAGCAGUACACUCAAGCACUGGAAAAAUUUGGAAGCAACUGUGUUUGUCGGGAUGACCCUGAUUUGGGAACAGCCUUCUUAAAAUUCUCCGUCUUUACCAAGGAGCUAACAGCACUUUUCAAGAACCUGGUACAGAACAUGAAUAACAUUAUCACAUUUCCACUGGACAGCUUACUGAAGGGAGAUCUUAAAGGGGUAAAAGGGGAAUUGAAAAAGCCAUUCGAAAAAGCCUGGAAAGACUAUGAAACUAAAGUGACCAAAAUUGAAAAGGAGAAGAAGGAGCACGCCAAGAUGCAUGGUAUGAUUCGCACUGAGAUCAGUGGGGCUGAAAUUGCUGAGGAAAUGGAGAAAGAAAGACGGGUUUUCCAGCUCCAAAUGUGUGAGUACCUGCUGAAAGUGAAUGAAAUAAAGAUUAAAAAAGGAGUAGAUCUGCUGCAGAACCUGAUUAAGUACUUCCACGCACAGUGCAACUUUUUCCAGGAUGGAUUGAAAGCUGUUGAGACUCUGAAGCCCUCUAUUGAAAAACUUUCAACCGAUCUGCACACGAUCAAGCAAGUCCAGGAUGAAGAGAGGAAGCAGCUUAGCCAGCUAAGGGAUAUCUUAAAAGCUGCCCUACAAGUGGAGCAGAAGGAGGAUUCACAGAUCCGACAGAGCGUCGCUUACAGCUUGCAUCAGCCACAGGGAAACAAGGAACACGGCUCUGAGAGGGACGGCUAUCUCUAUAAGAAGAGUGAUGGAAUCAGAAAGGUUUGGCAGAAGAGGAAAUGCACAGUACAAAAUGGCUUUCUAACCAUAUCUCAUGGCACAGCAAACAUUCCGCCUGCAAAGCUGAACCUCUUAACCUGUCAAGUGAAAACCAACCCAGAGGAAAAGAAGAGCUUUGACCUUAUCUCACAUGAUCGGACAUAUCACUUUCAAGCAGAGGAUGAAACAGAGUGCCAAAUAUGGAUGUCUGUGCUUCAGAACAGCAAGGAAGAAGCCUUAAACAAUGCAUUCAAGGGAGACCACAGUGCAGGGGAGAACAACAUUGUUCAGGAACUCACUAAGGAAAUAAUAUCUGAUAUCCAGAGAAUGCCAGGGAACGACGUGUGCUGUGACUGUGGUGCAUCAGAUCCAACUUGGCUUUCCACAAACCUGGGGAUCCUUACAUGCAUUGAGUGCUCUGGGAUACACAGAGAGCUGGGCGUGCAUUACUCCAGAAUACAGUCUCUUACACUGGAUGUCUUGGGAACUUCUGAGCUUUUGCUUGCCAAAAACAUUGGGAACUCAGGUUUUAAUGAACUAAUGGAAGCCUGUCUGCCUGCUGAUGAUUCCGUGAAGCCUUCACCUUGCAGUGACAUGAAUGCACGGAAAGACUAUAUCACCACCAAGUACAUAGAAAGAAAGUACGCAAGGAGAAAAUACCAUGACAAUGCCUCUAAACUGCAUGGCUUGUGUGACGCCGUCAAAUCCAGAGACAUCUUUACACUGGUACAGUUACAUGCUGAAGGGGUGGAUCUCACCGAGGGCAUACCACUUGCCAAUGGACACGAACAAGGUGAGACUGCACUCCAUCUCGCUGUCAGAUCAGUUGACCGCAAUUCCUUGCACAUAGUCGACUUUCUUGUACAGAAUAGUGGCAACUUGGACAAACAGACAGCGAAAGGAAGUACUGCUCUUCAUUACUGCUGCUUAACAGACAAUGCCGAGUGCCUUAAACUGCUGCUGCGAGGCAAAGCCUCCACAGACAUAGCUAACGAUGCAGGAGAAACGCCGUUGGACAUAGCGAAAAGGCUCAAGCAUGCACAGUGCGAGGAUCUGCUGAUACAAGCCAUGAAUGGAAGGUUUAACGCUCACGUUCAUGUGGAAUAUGAAUGGAGGCUGCAUCACAUGGACCUAGAUGAAAGCGAUGACGACAUGGAUGAAAAAAUACAGCAGCCAAGCCCUAUCCGCAGAGAGGAGAGGCCUGUCAGUUUCUUUGGAAUAAACCAGGGCCAGCCUAGUGUUGCCUGCUUAGCCAGGGAAGCAGCCAGUAUUGCUAAGGACAAGCCAAGGACUUUCCUGCCAAAUAUCAUUCAGAAUGAAACCUAUGGAGCAGUCAUUGGUAACAGCAACUCCCCAGGCAAUGCUACAGGUCCUUCUACUACCAAUGCUCCUCCUUUGCCUCCCCGAAACACUAUAAAAGUUCAUUCAACUAUAUUUGGCAGUAGCAUACACCCCACACCUUCCAACACCCCAGCCUGGAAAGCUAGCUCAGUAACACCGGAAAGUGGCAGCAGACAGAGGUCCUCAUCUGAUCCGCCAUCUAUACAGCCCCCUGUGCCACCUGUCCGCGUAACAUCCACUGCCACAAAUUCACCGCCACCCCCUCCGGUCACUAAGACAGCCAGUGUUAUUGAAGCCCUUAGCCAGCACUCCAAGCAGAGCCCUCCACCUCCAGUUCCGCUGAACAAGCCUGUCCCUCCGCCGGUCCCACCUCAGCCUGCCAACCGCCCCUUACACAAAAGGCCGGCUCCUGGGAUUGACAAACCCCCUCCAACAGCCAAGGGGCCACCUCCUGCUUUGGUGACUGCGCCACCGUCUGCAGCUGCAGAAUUCCCUUCAGACACAACAGCCUUGCAGCCUGGAUCCAAACCCAGCAACCGAACACAGCCACCAGCACCCAUGCCACGGAAAUCCCAGCUGCCCAAAAUGAAGCCCAAGAGGGUGAAAGCAAUAUACCACUGUUCAGCUGACAAUCCGGAUGAGCUGACCUUCUCAGAGGGUGAAAUUAUUGUGGUUGAUGGGGAGGAAGAUAAGGAGUGGUGGAUUGGACACAUAGACGGAGAGCCAAACCGAAGAGGUGCCUUCCCUGUGUCGUUUGUGCACUUUAUCGCUGAAUAACCUUCAGCCCACCAGCCUGCCUAGAUCAAACUCCCGCGCCCCUGCAGGGAGGCCAGCCACAUGGGUGACACCCACACAGAGUGUCCCUUGCACUGAGUGCAGCCUGAGGCGCCACCAAUGAGCAACGACCUUCUGCCUUCCCUUCCAACUCCAGCCGACCAUCAGUGGUUUUGCUGCAAACACAGACCCAGAGAUUUUGUUAGGUGUUUUCUAUCCCCCUGUAUUUAUUUUUCCUUAAAGGAAGGUUUUUACCAUGUUGGAUGUAGAUAUUCAUGUUGAACACUAGGGAGAUGUCUGCAGAUUUCCCCCUGUACUCUGUGGAUCUAUUGUACCAUGCUGGCUUCAUGACAUAGCUUUGGCCUGGGGUCCAAUUCCUGUUCUCUGUGGGGAGGGACUAAUGUACAUUGCAGGGCAAUGCACUACACAACUAACCUGCAGUUAGAGGGUUAAUGACUAGGGAUUGUAUGUAACCUUUGUUUUUUUCUAGUUAGUAAAUUAACUCUGUGUUGUUUUAUAGAAUGAAGCUUUUAUCUCAGUGAUUUUAUAUCCAAGCCUAGUCACAUACAAAUAUACACUGGCUCUCCUGAGUCCAAAGUGUGGAUAAGGUCCCAUCAGCCAGUGCAGGUUUCCAACAUUAGGGCUGAAAAGCAUGUAUUUCAAUGGGAGGUGGGCGGAACUGGCAGUAUUUAUACUGGCACGUGGUGUUAUUAACCCUAUUGUCCAUGGGUUGCCAGCUGCUAAUUCAGAUUUAUGGGGUCCUACUGAUACCUGAUUCUUGACUCCUUUACAUAUCAGUUGUCCCAGGUCCAUGUAUGUGGCCCUCUGCUGAUGGGAUUUCUGUACCCACCCCCCAGAGUGAUUCAGCUGUUCAGAUUAGCCCAAUUCAUCCACAUAAACAUCUGCUGGUUUAGUGACCUGGUCAAGGGAGCAUUUGCUGUUGCUACAUAAUCGUUGGUGCCUUUUUUACCCUUGUUAUCAGAAUAACGGAGACCAUUGGCUGAUGUAGAUAUUAUCCACAA